CCAGCCAACUUGUCUCCUUCUUCUGCGCCCACCCCCACCAAACCCCCGACAAAGGAGCCGGCAGAAAGGUGCCCUGUAACUUUAAGACUGACUGACUAUAGAGGCUGGGCCAGUGGAGCGGACUGACGGCCAACUGCUCUCCCACUGCCAGCUCCUCUCCAUGGGGAGGGAGAGCUGAGCACAUCUGGAUCCGCUGCACGGCCGAGCUCCCUGGACCUGUUGCUGGGAGGACUCGGGGCUGUUACCCACAAGGCGAGCUUCACCCGGGGGAACGGUGACCAUGCGCGCAGGCAGGGUCGAGGCUCCUUCGUCGCCGUCAGGAGUAAACCGAGCGACGUGUCCAAGAUCAGCCCGCCUGCAGUGAUUGGAGAAAUAGCGAGAUGUGUGGCGGAAAGAAACCCCAUUUAUGGGAUAGGCUGCGGCUGGCCAGCGGCCCGCCAGCUGCAAAGAGCCGGGCAUAGACUUGGAGGCAAAUGCACUUCUGUCAGUUGUGUUCCGAGGCUGUGAGUGAACCGUGUGACAUUCUCCCCGCAAUCGAGGGACACACAACAAACAAGGUCAGCGCCAACAAUGUGAGCCGAGUUGCAUUUCCCGGGACAAUUACCAGCAAUUCUGAAUCAACAGUUGGCAAGAAACAAAAUGCUGGCAGAGAAAACUCAUUAGAUGAGAUUCGUCACUUUGGGAAGUGUGUGGACUGUCAGGGCGACAGGCUGCAACUGGUCACUGACCUGCCAGUCUCGGAAUACUUGUGAAAUGAGCAGCCCACAAAACGUUAGACUAGGGAUAGAGAGAUCAGCCGCAAGGCUUGGUUCACGAUGAAACUCUUGCAUUUGGUGCAUUUAGUCGCGGGAUUGUUUGGAAUCGUAGCCGGGAACAGAAACUGCCCUGACUUGAUCAUAGAUAGUUGCAGCUGUACCAGUGAGCGCUCCAAGGGACCCAGCAGACAGAUGAUCCGAAUAAAAGUGUCGUGCAGUCAUGGAGAGUUGUUAGAAACUUUGCAAUCCAGCCUGCUGCCUAACCAAACCGUAACUCUGAUCCUGAGUAACAACAAGAUCUCGCUAUUGAAGAAUGGCUCUUUCUUUGGCUUGCGCUCUCUAGAGAGACUGGAUUUGAAGAAUAACUUGAUUAGCAACAUUGAGCCUGGGGCUCUCUACGGGCUUCCAGAACUGAAGCGACUGGAUCUGUCAAACAACAGGAUUGGAUGUCUGAGUCCUGAGAUAUUUACGGGCCUCACCAGUUUGUCUAAACUGAAUUUGUCGGGGAACAUCUUUUCAUCGCUUCCUCUUGGGCUGUUUGUCGAGCUUGGUGCAUUGAAAGUCUUGCACUUUAGCACUGAAUCUCUAAUGUGUGACUGCAACCUUAGAUGGCUUUUGCAAUGGGCCAAAAACUCUUCAGUUCGAAUAGCAGAUGAAACUUUGUGUGUCUACCCAAAUGCUUUGCAGGGACGGCCAUUCAAAACUUUGAAAGAGAAUCAGUUGUCAUGUGAUGGUCCCCUGGAGUUGCCUUUGUUCCAGAUGAUUCCAUCCCGACAACAAGUGGUAUUCCAUGGUGAUCGUUUGCCUUUUCUGUGCACUGCAACAUAUGUGGAUAAAACGACACAAAUCCAAUGGCGCCAUGGUGGGAAAGUAAUGGUAACGGAUGAAGAUAAUGAAAUAUUUGUAGAACCAGUUAUCAUUCAUGAUUGUUGUUUAAUAUCCAGUGAGCUGAUUCUGUCCAACAUCAAUGUUGAUGCAACAGGAGAGUGGGAGUGCCUAAUCACUACCUCACGUGGGAACAGCAGCAAGAAGGUAGAGAUUAUGGUGCUGGAAACGGCUGCACCAUACUGUUCCGCAGAGCCAGUCACCAACAAUAAAGGAGACUUCAGAUGGCCCAGAACAUUGGCUGGUAUCACAGCAUACUACACCUGUACUCGGUAUCCAUUUGGAUCUGUGCCUUAUUAUGGAGACCAUCGGCAAAGAAAAGCUUGGCGUAAAUGUGAUAGAAGUGGACGCUGGGAAGAUGGGAAUUACACUGAGUGCGCUUAUGCAAAUGAAGUUACGAGAGUCCUUCAUGCAUUCAGCCAGAUUCCAGUGAAUGCCACCAAUGCUCUUGCUUUUGCUCACCAACUGAUGACCUACACUGGAACUGCAGCUAACUUCGCCGACAUGAUGGAUGUUAUUUUUGUGGCUCGAAUGAUUCAGAAGUUAAUCAUCUUUGUGGAUCGAGUCAAAGAUCUGGGAGAAUCCAUCACAGAAAUAGCCAGCAACAUGAUGCUAGUGGAUGAACACAUACUGUGGAUGGCCCAGAAUGAAGAGAAGGCUUGUACCCGAAUUGUGCAGUGUGUGGAAUUCAUUGCCAGUCUUGUGCUAACCAGCAAUACACAGGGUAUUUCAAAGGUUUCCAUGAAUAUAGCACUGGAGGCCUUCAUGAUCAAGCCAGCUAGUUUCACAGGCAUGACGUGCACUGCCUUCCAGAAAAUAGGUCUGCAUCCAGGGAGAUCAUUGAUCCGUGACGUAGCUAGGCUGGAUUGGGAGGCUGAGUAUCGUCGAGACCAACAUCUGAAUUUCAAAUGCAAUACAGGCAAUCUCACUAGUUCUCUAGUGAAUUUCCCAGUUAAGAACACAGUGGCAGUGGCAUCAGUUCAGUUGCCACCAGCAAUUUUCACUCAUUUUCUCGCCUUGCACACUGUUGACAACUCCUCUUGCAAGCUGCAAUUUAUUGUAUUCCGGAAUGGAAAACUCUUUCCCAGUACAGGUAACUCAUCAAACCUUGCUGAUGAUGGGAAACGCAAGUGUGUUUCAACUCCAGUUGUCUUCGUCAAAAUAGAUGGGUGCAGCUUCGGGAACCUCACUAAACACAUUACUGUUGUUCUGAGGCACUUUGCACUGGGUGCAGAUCCCACUGCAGCAUAUUGGGAUUUUGACCUUUUGGAUGGGCACGGUGGUUGGCAUGCUAAAGGGUGCCAUAUAACAGGCUCUGCAAGCAAUAUUACCACCAUUCAAUGUAUGCACUUCGGUAACUUUGCAGUACUAAUGGAUUUGAAGACCGUGCUUUCCUUCAACCAGUACCCAGGGGAGUUCCUGCACCCUGUGGUUUAUGCAUGCACUGCAGUCCUUUUGCUGUGCCUCUUUGCAUCCAUUAUCACCUACAUUGUGCAUCACAGCACCAUCCGAAUUAGCAGGAAAGGCUGGCACAUGCUGCUGAACUUCUGUUUCCAUACUGCCCUCACUUGCGCAGUAUUUGCUGGAGGUAUCAAUCGCACAAAAUACCCAAUCAUCUGUCAAGCUGUCGGGAUUGUUUUACACUAUUCCACCCUAUCUACAAUCUUCUGGAUUUGUGUCACUGCCAGGAAUAUUUACAAGCAAGUGACAAGAAAGGUCCCUCAGUAUCAUGAUACUGACCAGCCACCACAUUCCCAGCAACCAAUGCUGAGGUUUUAUUUGAUCGGAGGGGGCAUUCCUUUCAUAAUUUGUGGAAUCACAGCUGCAACAAAUAUCAACAAUUAUGGGAGUGAAGACAAUGCACCAUAUUGCUGGAUGGCAUGGGAGCCUAGUCUUGGUGCAUUUUAUGGGCCUGCUGCUUUCAUUGUGCUUGUUAGUUGUGUCUAUUUUCUGUGUACAUUAGUGCAACUGAAGCGUCAUCCAGGGAAGAAAUACGAGCUAAAGGAGAUGACAGAAGAGCAACAGCGAUUGGCCAGCACGGAGGUAGGCCCCAGUCAUGUAACAGACUCCAGCUCCGUGUCACAUACAUGUUCAAUGAUCUCUUCCUCAAUGUUGGAAAAUGAGCAUUCAUUUAAAGCUCAGCUUCGUGCUUCCGUGUUCACCCUGUUUCUCUUUAUUGCUAUGUGGACCUUUGGAGCCCUCGCAGUCUCACAAGGACACUUCCUAGAUAUGAUCUUUAGUUGCCUAUAUGGAGCAGUCUCAGUAACCCUAGGACUCUUUAUUCUGGUUCAUCACUGUGCAAAACGUGAUGAUGUCUGGCAUUGUUGGUGGUCAUGCUGCAAAUCAAAUCGGAAUACAUAUGCUGUUCAAAUGAAUGUUCGACCACAAGUAACCAUGAAUGGUGAUGCUCAGCUUCAUGUUCCAUGCCUGCUGGAUUCUCCAUGUCCCAGCAAAUCAUCAUCCAGUUGCAAUCAUUCUGUCUCUGGACUCUGUAAGUUAACUAAUCUACACGCUGUUCAGAAUCAUGUAAAUUGCCUUUCACCAGUUACACCAUGUUGUGCCAAAAUGCACAAUGAACAAAUUAUUGAUGAUGAUGGGGAUAUUCAUCUGCGUGCAGAUGGUACAUGUAGACCGGCAAUGCAUAUCCACAGAUGUCAGAAAAGCCGAACUAAACCACGACACUUCAUUCGACACAGCAGGUCCACAGCCCAGAGAGAAUAUGCCUAUCAUAUUCCUUCCAGCAUAGAUGGAAGUGUCCACAGCUCACAUACAGAAAGUCAUCACAGUAUCCAGGACAGCCAGUCCAUCCAAAGGCAAGUUGUCUGUGCAAAAAGUGAUCAGUGCCCCAAUGUCUGCCAGCCUGAAAGCAGUGAUGCCAGCACAGUGUUAUAUGGCUGUAAUAAAGCUGUAGACAGUGGUGUCAGUACAGAAGCUUUGCACCAAGGAGUCACUUUUGAGAUGCAGUCACGGAGACAAUCAUGUCCUCUAAGUGUAACCAACCAAAAUGGAAUACUGAAGGGAAACCUGCAUGAAGCCAUGAUUUAUACUUCAGACAGUACAGGAAACAUAAGGACUGGUCCUUGGAAAAAUGAAACUACUGUGUAGUUUUUGAGUUUCAUGACUACAAAUUUAAAUCAUUAUAGCGACAAAAAGUUGUAUAUAAAUUUUGUAUAAUGCUUAUGUGUUUGUUUACAUAAUUCAUUGUGCAGAUUUCAAGUUACAUUUGCAUAUUUGUAUGUAUGCAUCUAUAUUUGUACAGCACAAAGUAUCAUAAGAGCAGUAUUAUAUUAUGUAUUUGUAUUUCAAACUACAAAGGAUGCAUUUGUGUUACCACAAUGUGGACAUUAUUGAAAGAUUAGUCUGCAGAUAUAUCAUAAUUAAGUUGAAGCUUUGGAUUAUUUUUCUAUCAAUGUAAUGGUUUCUUCUAAGUAAGCAGCCAAAAAGUAAGAUAAGCAUUACUGUUCUAUUAAAGAGACAGUAGCCCUUUGGAUGGCAAGCACAAGUACCAUCCUAAUGUUUGUUAAAGAUCCCCCAGUCAUCAGUAAAAACAAUAUUAUGUGCAAUUUCUUCAGAGGAUAAAUUUAUCAUUUGUAAUUAUUUUUUAUGAGUGCUAGUUAUUCAUUGAUAUAUAUCAUCAGGUUAAUAAAUUUUUAAAAGAAUCCUGUACACAGUCGGGUAACUGUGGGCCUUUUAUUUUAAUUGGCACUAUUCAAUGUAGAUGGGUUCCAGUUUAUUACACAAAGCAUACAAAAUAAAUCUUUCCCACAAUA